AUCCCAGGAACACCAGCUAUGACCUACAGGAGAGCAAAGAGUCUGCGACAUAAUUUGGCACCGAGUCGACUGAAAAAAGAAAAACAGAGAGAAAACAUUGUGUUAAACAUGGAGAAGAACCGGUGUACCAUUUUACAUCCUGCAGAGCAGUUGGCUCUUACAGCAGCUAAAAUGCCAAGUGCCAAGUUGACUGCAUUUUCCCCAGUUGAAUUUGCAGUGUCCACUAUAGAUAAAAUGAGUCGUAAAGAAGAGGAGAAUUCUUGCAUUUGGAAGAAGCAAACAAACAACAUACGAGAAACUUUUGUAUUUAUGGAAGUUCUUGGAUCGGGGGCCUUUUCGGAGGUGUUUCUAGUAAAGCAACGGGCCACUGGACAGCAUUAUGCACUGAAGUGUAUAAAGAAAGUGAACAGCUCAAGAGAUCGUAGCUUGGAAAAUGAAAUUGCUGUGCUGAAGAAGAUUAAACACGAAAACAUUGUGACACUUGAAGAUGUCUAUGAGAGCUCUUCACACUUCUACCUCGUAAUGCAGCUGGUAUCCGGAGGAGAACUCUUCGAUCGUAUAUUAGAAAGGGGAGUGUACACCGAGAAAGACGCCAGUAAUGUAAUCCGUCAGGUUCUCUCGGCUGUGAAAUAUCUUCAUGACAAUGGCAUUGUUCAUAGGGACUUAAAGCCAGAAAACCUUCUUUACCUCACCCCAGAUGAAAAUGCAAAGAUUAUGAUAACCGAUUUUGGUCUUUCUAAAAUGGAAGAAAGCGGGAUUAUGUCCACUGCUUGUGGUACUCCAGGAUAUGUUGCUCCAGAAGUCCUUGCACAAAAGCCAUAUAGUAAAGCAGUGGAUUGCUGGUCUAUUGGAGUCAUAACUUAUAUUCUGCUUUGUGGUUACCCCCCAUUCUACGAGGAAACUGAAUCUAAACUCUUUGAGAAAAUAAAAGAUGGAUCAUAUGAGUUUGAAUCACCAUUUUGGGAUGAUAUUUCCAAGUCUGCAAAAGACUUUAUAAGCUGUCUGCUAGAAAAAGAUCCCAAGAAGCGAUACAACUGUGAAGCUGCUCUGAAACAUCCAUGGAUUGCUGGUAAUACUGCUCUCCAUCGAGACAUCUACCACUCAGUGAGCAUCCAAAUCAAGAAGAACUUUGCUAAAAGCAAAUGGAGGCAAGCAUUUAAUGCAGCCACAGUAGUUAAUCGCAUGAAGAAAAUGCACAUGCAUACUGCUCAGGGAUCUGCCUCUGAUGUAAAGAAUGGAAUACCCACUAUCAAAGUCUCUAAUGCUCCCAGUACCAUCAGUGAAGAGCAAGGAAACACCAAUGAAACCUAUACAAAUUUGCAUCCUACUAGAGAAGCAAUAGUAAAUGCAUGUGACACAGCACAUGUUAAAAAUAAUCCUGAUGGGAACAAAGCAACACUAAAGGAAUCCUGUCUCCCAAAAGAUGCCAGUAAAGUGAAUCCAAGCCAUCAGUCACAGCAGAGCAAUGCAUCUAGUAGGAAUUCAAGUGGACUACAAACAUCAGACUGUCAACUGUCCCCCAAGUCAAGUAGUGAGGUCCAGAACCCUAAGAAACCAGGGAAAAAUGUGACACAGAAUUGUGCUACACAAACCAGCCCAGUGCAUCCAAUGUCUGGUGAAACAUUUCAAGCCUGUGUCAUGAAGGAUGGACACUCGCAAACAAAAUCUAAGACUCAGGCCAACCAAGCUUCCAAGGCUACCACUGAAAGUAAACCAACUACUGUUGACACAAAUACAAAAGAAGUCAAACAAAGUAACCCAAAGCCUAAAAACAUUUCCCAAUCACUUGAUCUGCCAUCUCCACCUACAUUUAAGAGUGAAACACAUCGCAAUUCAUUAGAGAAAACCCCUUCACCCAAUACCUCAUCCAAAAAGUCAGCUUUACCAACAACUGUUCCAGCUAGUACCACUCAAAAGCCUCCACCACAAGCAGGCCUCAAUCCACCUUCUCAAAAGAAUUCCUUGCAAGAAGCCAGUUUCUCAAAGAGCCCAGCUAAGAAAGUGAGUGCCCAAUCCUCUGUCCAGGAAAGUACAGCAAAGAAGAAUAGUACUCCAAAAAAGUUAAAUCUGGACUAUGAUAUCUUGUGCAUGGAGCUCCCUCAGUGCAAACCUUUGGACUUAUCGAACAGUGAUGAGAUUUCUAUUCCCAAUAGUCUUUAUGUGACUAAUGGAAUUUCGGUGGAAACAUAUGAGAAGGGAAAACCUAUUUCAUGUCCAGAAACUGGCCUGGUGAAGAAAAGUCACAAGAAACAGCAUUUCAUGAAUGGUGUUACAGGACCAAUGAAAACCACAAAUUACACACAUUGUGGCAGUGGACAGACGGGGGUCUGCUCUGUAAUGUGACCAGCAAAAUAAUGCAUUGACAUACAGCAUUUCAUUAAGGGCUACACAGUAAGACGUGUACUGAAGCCAAACAUUGAUCACGCUUCAGAGGGACGCAUGGGAAGCUUCCUUUCAUUUCCUCUUUGAGAACAUCGCCCGGAGGACAAAGGCGUUUUUAGAGGGACACAGCAGUGAUUUUUGUUAAGUGGAGGCUGAUCACUCACCAAGGAGAUAUGGUGGCCUCUACAGUAUGGCCAUGACUACAACCAUUGCUGGACACUACAAGGAGGACCGCAACUAUGUGUACAAUCAAAACUCUUCCUUGCAUAACUAAUGUACAUUUUUAAAUCUCACCGGCAACAAUGCCUUGUAUAAUAUGCUUUGGCAGGUGUAGCUUUGUAUCACUUUGUAUGUUAGUAUAUUGGAUUUGGUGAGCUACUGUGACCAUCAGGAGCCUUUUACAGCUUCAUAUUGUACAGUAAUGUUGCAUUUGAACACCCGUAGAGCUGUUGGGAGGCCUAAAGCUUUGACCACAGAAUAUGACUUAUGUAGGUUUUACCCUAUAUGAAGCCAUUGUGCUUGGUCAGUUCUAUCUGCUUGUAUUUAUGACAAGCGCCAGGAAAGCCUAUGUGUUUAAUGCAUGACUUUAAUAAAGACAAAAAAUACAGUAAGGCUUCUGUCUAGCAAGGUCUUGCUGGAAACAGAAUAUAGUUAUUUAUUCAUUAGAUGGAAAGACAUGAAGUGAAUGUAUGGAAACUGGCAAGACUUUUGUGUGUUAUUUCACUUUUACAAUAGAAAGAUGUGUUACAUGUUGAGCUACUGACAAUGUACUAUUUUAGAAAAAUGAUACCAGCAAAUAUAUUGUUUCCAAUGCAACGCACGACACAGAACUUCCACAAUAUAGAGUUGUAUUUUUUACUCUAGCUAUACAUAUGUAUGUAUAUAUAUGUUGGUGUUAUGAGUAGUGAGUAUUGACAGCUUGGCGCCACUUUGUGCCAAGAGCUCAGCCACUUUAUGAUAGUGUAACUGUUCAGGCUUGGAGUCCUGAAGACCAUAAGACAAACAUUUGCUGGAUAUUUCAGAAGCAAAUGGACUCUGCAGCUACUGUAAAAGCCUAUUUGUAGCUUUUUAAUGCAGCGAUUUUAUUAAACAUUGACAAAUAUGCCUUUGUAAAUAUAAAUGCAGUGAAAUGGUUCUGCUUCUGUAAUUCAGAAAUAAAUAUGACUUUUUUAUGUGGAAAUCCUCAGCUGGCUUUCACUUAAUGUCUGUUACAGCAGAUCUGUUUGUGUUGAACCUUGGUUUAAAGGUUCACAUAGAGAUGAGCUAAUCCUUAAAAAAAUUCUUAUCCACAUUGAUUUUCCUGGAGGCGAAUGACCCUGAUGAACUGUGUAUUUUUAUACAUCACACAAUGAUUCUCCCAUCAUUUAAAGGUUACAGAAUAGUUAAAGUGAAGGUACACCUUAACACAUUUGCUUGCAUCUCAUGUGACACUGCGUCUAAACUAGACUAAUAUAAAUGCAACCGGGCAUACAGCAAAGGCAAUAGGAGGAUAUUCAGGAUAGGUAAGUCUAACAAUAAGGGUUCAAUUGGGGCUUUGGGAUACUAUUUGUGGUAAGACUGGGUGUCUGUAGCC